AUGGAAUUUAAAUGGCAGGCCAAUAUUCCCCAAUGGCGGAGUAGAACUCGGGCAGCACGAGCCUGCCCGACCUGUCAGCGACGGAAGAAGCGAUGCCGGCACCUGGCUCCUAGUUCAGUGGAAAGCCAACGCCAUCCGACAUCCAGUGCCGAUAAACUUGACACGGCUCGCAAUAUUGCCAUUCAUUUAGAUCAUCUGGAUCCGCAUGCCCCUCGUCCUGCUGCCCCUCGUCUUGCAGCCUGGGAGCGAACCUCGCCAGCAUAUCCAGCUUUGCAAUCAACUCCAAGUACGGAGCGAUUCGUAGGAGACCUGAAUCCAGAAGCAUUCAUUCGAGAGAAGUUGGAUGAACCAACCGGUAGUCGUCUCCGCGAUCGGGUUGGGCUUUGGAUUGCCCCAUCCAUACGGGAUCCUGAUCAUAAUGUACAAGAUCCGCGACACAUUGCUGGCAAUAUUGAUUCUUUUGCAUUGCCACCACAAUCAACCCUGGACCAAAAGGCAAUUGAAAUAUCUCUAAACCAGCGAUGUUCCUCUGCAAUCCAAGCAUGUGGCCAGCUUCCCCAAACGACUCGGGCAGUUCUCACGGCUAUUUACUUUUCCAAGAUCAACCACACAAUACCCCUAAUAGAGAAGGACUCAUUUAUCAAGGAUCAAGCUCAAGGCACCAUGUCUGUUUUUCUUGAACGGGCUAUUUGCCUGGUCGCAGCAAAAGACCCCGAAGCAAUAUCAUAUCUCUGCUUAGUUGAUGGAGGACCGGUUAUAUCAACGCGUCAAUUCUGCUCUAACAUCUAUAAUGGACUCACAGUUGCCAUGGAUAUGGGCCUGGAGUCUGACCGCCUGACCUGUAUCCGUGUUUAUGCACUAAUGUCUUUGCAUUUUGAAGGAAAUGAGGGGACGGAGGCCGCUUCCUUGCGUCUUUGUCAAGCCAUUCACCAAGCCCAAACUAUAGGUCUGCACCUUGACCGACCAGACCGGACAUCUGGAGACCCUCUGGUAAAAUUAUUCUGGAGUCUCUGGACCCUGGACAAAAUGCACGCAAGCAUCGGCGGUCGCCCGGUUAUUUUGGCUGACCGCGACAUUGGAAUCCCAAGACCAGAAACCCACACCCAGGGGGCAUUUGGCGUGUGGCUUGCCAUAUCAGACCUUCUUGCAACCGUCAUAUCGUAUUAUCGACCUUCUGCUGUAACUACUAGCGGAUGGGAGGAAGGAUUCCCGGCAUUUGAAGACAUUGUAGGAGAUGAUACCCACGGUGAUUUGGACUUUUCAACUCUCGGGAUUUUGGAGUUAUAUUACCAUUGUGUUGCUAUAUUGUCCUGUCGGUACAAGCUGACGGAUGGCUUCGACGGUACCAAAGUGUCCUCAAUUCGACAAGGUCUCGCAGCAGUCCGGAUUCACUCCAUUGUUGCUUCGGAAUUCGCGGCUGGGCUACCACCUCUUCCAAUUGUUCCCUACUCAAUAGCAUUGUCUAUGGGCGUCUCCUACCGGCAGCUCCGAUCUAGCAAGCUGAUUACCCAUUUCAAUCGAGCCAAGGCCAGCUUGGAGGCAUGUUGCCACUUGCUUGAAGAACUUAGCCCUCGCUGGUCUUCUGCCGAAGCAAUGGCGCGUCUCGGCCGGAAAGCGUUACAACAUAUUGACCAAGAGCAUCCACAAUACGCUCAGUCGAAGCCUAAUCUGGUGUCACAGUCUUCUCAAGGACAUCUUGCCCGCCCAGGGCCCGUUGAUCUUUCCAAUAAUAAUGAGCCUGGAAUUAGCUCCGGGAGGUCAGUAGUGGACCAUGCUCCUGAAAUGCCCAUGGGAAGCCCUCUGCCAUCCAUGAGUGAUAUUGAUACUUCUAUGCAUGGGUAUGCCGACAUCGAUAUGCUGUUUGGGGAAUUCCUGGAUCUGUCACUUCCGACAAAUUUUUGGGAUCCCGUCUUUACAGACUGA